AUUUAGUUCCUGUUCUCGUUCAUCACAUUGCAGAACCUAGCAUCGACCAUGGCGACACUCUUUACAGUAACGCGACCCGCCUUGUCGUUCCAGAGUCUGCGUCAGAUCGCCAGGCCCAGCCCCUUCGCGUUGAGAAGAGCUCUGUCGACUCUCCCAAACAAUGAGCAUAUCUACGUUCACAAUGUGCCCAACUCGUCCACCAAACAGUAUCUCCUUUCGUAUCUUCCCAAUGAGCCACCGAUUGCAUCUCUCGCCAUCGGCACCACGACUCAAGUGCCGCCGACCGCGAACUCCCUCCAGGAGAAUCCCGAGUUUCUGCAGAUCUUGCACUGGGUCAUAAAGGACAACGCAGCCAACGAUCCCGAUGUUCAAGCUCAAGCUGCCAUGUACGCGUCCUCAGCGGGAAGUUCGCUGGGAAGUGGGGGCACCUUCUUCCCCGCCAACCAUCCCUCACAGCAGCGUCAGCGACGCAAGACGAAAACGAAAGAGUAUGGAGGAGGCGGAGGUACUGGCGGAGAUGGAGCUGGUGGGGCCAGUGCCCAAGGUGGAAUGGGCGGCGCUGGGAGGGGCGGAUACAUCCACGUCAGUGAUCAAAGAUAUCCGCCCGACUUUGGCCGCGUUGCCUACCCUGAGGAUAUUUUCGGUAGCCUGGAGCUUGACUCCCAGGGCAAUUUUGUGGAUGGCACCGGGAGAUAUCAAGCCGGCAAUACCUACCGGGUUGUCACGAACGAGGGAAUCUUGGGUUUGAGCACUUAUCUUCGGGAAAGACUUGUUGAAAAGCUGAAAGAGCUGGAUGCUCAAGCGAGACAAAAUCCGUGA